GCCCUGACAGGUUAAAUAACCAGGAAAGUGGCUGAGCUGGGAUUUGAACCCAGGCUGUCUGGCUCCAGGGAGCACCUCCUAAUUUUGAGGUUACACUGCUUUCCUGACACCUUUAUCACCCCCAAGACACCAGCCAACAGCCUGGGAGCCAGCCAGGCAAGGUCUGAAGCCUAACACAGGGAGAAUUUUCACCAAAAUUUUCUGGGUGAGGCCCCAAAUAGGCUACAAAUUCUCCCAUUUCAGCCCUUUCUCACCAUCCUUCUCCCCAGUCCCCAUCGGAGGCACCUAAGCUUAUCCAGGGAAGCUGCAGGGAACUUCCAGGGGUUCCCUUUAGGGGCUCCAGAUGGAUAAGUCUGGAGGAGCUCCUGGAACCAGAGCUGGAGGGGCACACAUAAGCCUUCCAUAGCACUGGAUGAAAAAGGUGUCCUAAUGUUUACAGAGCGCUCACUAAAGUUGUAAGAAAUUUAUUCUUACUAACUCAUUAAUACAACAACCCUGUGAGGUACUGUUAUCCCCAUUUCACAGAUCAGGAAACUGAGGCACAGAGAGGUCAUGUGACUUUCCGAGGUCACACAGCCAGUGUGAAGAGCCAGGACGCGAUCUAUUUUCCAUAAGCAGGAGAACCAAGGCAGAGGCUGCUCAACUCCAGCCCAGCCUGGCCUGGCCCACCUGACUCAGUCAGUCAACCCCUCUUUUGUGCCUUCCCAGCAUAAUCUGCUCUCUUUGCACCUGCUAGUCUGGGCUCCCACUUUCUUUAUCAACCAGAUUGCUUGAGAUCACCUUUAUAGUUCAUUCUUACACUGACCUUCAUUAUUAACCCCAUUUUAAAGAAGAAGAAACUGAGCCUCUGGGAGGCUGCAUAACUUGCCAGAGCUCUAACAACCAGAAAGCGACAGAUUUGGGAUUUGCACACAGACAUUCAGAUGCUACCCCUACCCCCAACUGCCUCAGCCUGAGCAAGCCCAGCCUGAAGGCCUCCUCCAGGAGUCUGCAGCCCAGCCAGGGACGCGACUCGGGUCCCCCAGCUCAGCUCUCCAGAUGUGUGUGUUCAUGCUUCACCUGGACUUGGACUCAGAGUUUCCUGCUAUCGAGUGUCCAAGUUAGUCACACUCUGUCUGAGAGCCUACAGAUUAUCUGAGCAGGAGCGGAAACAACAUUGUGGCAUUAAUCAGGUCAGCUAUCUGAUUAAUCAGCUCAGGCCCCAGCCUGCUGGAGUGUGGCUGAUGCCAGAAAAGAUAAUUCUCAGAAAAACCAGCGCCUUGUUGCCUAAAACCAUCCUAGGAGUUGCUUGACUCAGCAACUACGAAUAUUUCUCAAAAGGAAAGCCGUCUGCCCCAAGGGGAAGCAAGGAAGCUCACGGUGUCAGGAAGCUCAGGGCAGGGGCAUCUGCAAGGGGAGGCCCGGGGCUGAGCGAGGCCUGGCACUGCUGGCGCCAAGUGAGGGAGCAGGGACUCAUUCUGUCGUUUGGAGGAUGAGGAGAGAUUUCCUCCGAGACUGGCCAGCUGUGCUAAUUGGAAGAAUGAACUGGAGAAACAAUAGUUUUUUAAAGUAGAUAAUCUGUACGCAUUCAGAAAUAUGCACACAUCCUUCCGUUAGUGUGAGUCUGCAGUGAAGACGCAUCUGGCAUGUCCACUUCUCCAUCAGUCAGGGUCUUGGCAGGAAGCAGGGCCACUCAAGCAGGGUGGCUGGGAGAGGUUAAUACAGGAAUGGUUGUCAAGGGUGUGGGGAGGGUAAAGGAACCAAUGCGGAAUGUGCAGCACCCCAGGACCAGCAUCUCUGGGGAGUUGUGACUGUCCCCAGGCCUGGAGGAGGAAGAGGGGAGAGCGGUACAGGACAGUGAUUCCAACAAGAGCUGAUGACUGCAGUAAAGGGAGGCAGCCAACCUGGAGCAACCCUGGUAGGGGUAUAAAUACUCUCCCAACACCAGGCCCUGGCCAUUCUCUGAUCCCAGUGAGUGGCUUCCCUUGGCCAAGCCAGCAGAAGCCAGAGGGCAGGGGAACCCCGUGAUACAAUCAGUGGAGUAGGAUGGAGAAGGGCAAGAGUGGAUCUGGGCGGGCCGCUUCCGGCCAGCGGCAACCACCUCUCCCAUCCUUUCCACCAGCUGCCAUUUCUGAGCAUCUGCUGUGCGCCGCCUUGGGCUUGACACCGUGAAAAUGCAAACACCAAGACCAAAAACCCACGAGAGACUGGAAAAGAAGAAAUGGACGUAAACGUCACUUGCACUGGGGCUUUACCCAUCGCCAAUGAGGCCUAGCCUUUGAUACAGCUGGAACUACAUCCUAGAAACAAGAUGUUGGUAGAGAGACUGGCUUACUCCUGAGCCCAUGAGGGGUGAGGCCCCUUCAGGCCCAAAGAUGGGGAACAUCAGUGCAGACAACGCCUCGCUGAGCUGUGCCAUUGACCACACCAUCCACCAGACGCUGGCCCCGGUGGUCUAUGUCACCGUGCUGGUGGUGGGCUUCCCGGCCAACUGCCUGUCCCUCUACUUUGGCUACCUGCAGAUCAAGGCUCGGAAUGAGCUGGGUGUGUACCUGUGCAACCUGACGGUGGCCGACCUCUUCUACAUCUGUUCGCUCCCCUUCUGGCUGCAGUAUGUGCUGCAGCACGACCACUGGUCCCACGGCGACCUGUCCUGCCAGGUGUGCGGCAUCCUCCUGUACGAGAACAUCUACAUCAGCGUGGGCUUCCUCUGCUGCAUCUCCAUCGACCGCUACCUGGCCGUGGCCCACCCCUUCCGCUUCCACCAGUUCCGCACCCUGAAGGCCGCCGUGGCCGUGAGCGUGGUCAUCUGGGUCAAGGAGCUGCUGACCAGCAUCUACUUCCUCAUGCACAAGGAGGUGGUGGAGGACGAGGACCAGCACCGCGUCUGCUUCGAGCACUACCCGCUGGAGCCGCGGCAGCGUGGCAUCAACUACUACCGCUUCCUGGUGGGCUUCCUCUUCCCCCUCUGCCUGCUGCUGGCCUCCUACCGGGGCAUCCUGCGGGCCGUGCGCCGCAGCCACGGCACCCAGAAGAGCCGCAAGGACCAGAUCCAGCGGCUGGUGCUCAGCACCGUGGUCAUCUUCCUGGCCUGCUUCCUGCCCUACCACGUGCUGCUGCUCGUGCGCAGCCUCUGGGAGUCCAGCUGCGACUUCGCCAAGGGCGUCUUCAACGCCUACCACUUCUCCCUCCUCCUCACCAGCUUCAACUGCGUGGCCGACCCCGUGCUCUACUGCUUCGUCAGCGAGACCACGCACCGGGACUUGGCCCGCCUCCGCGGGGCCUGCCUGGCCUUCCUCACCUGCGCCCGGACCGGCCGCGCCCGGGAGGCCUACCCGCUGGGCGCCCCCGAGGCCUCCGGGAAGAGCGAGGAGCCCGAGCUGCUGGCGAAGCUCCACCCGGCCUUCCAGAACCCGCACCCGUCCGGAGCAAGAGGGUGCCCCGUGGGCGGGCUGGCUUAGCCAGGUCACCCACGUGCAGGGUGGGGCGAGGCCUCGGCUGGCUUGACACCUGCCGCCAGCCUGGCUAAGUACAGGUGCCUCUUUCUGCUGGAGGGGACGACGGGCCUGGGCUGCAGCCAGACCUCUCUGGUUCCAGGGAGGCGGCUGUAGGGCUGAGUCCUAUGGGGCUGCUGCUGCUAGCUGGGCUGCUGGGGGGAGGAAGACCUGGUCACCUGGUCACCUCCAGAAGGUUUCCAAAGAGAAGCUGGGGUUGGGGGGCACAGAGUGUGAGGACAUGGAGUGAGGGGGUGCUGGGAGACGAGGGUGGGUACCUGGGUGCACGCCUGCCAGGGCCUUCCAGUGCUGUCGUAACAGGUAACACCUGUCCAGUUGCACUGGUGUUACCUGAGGAGGUGACCCACGAAGGUGUAUUGUCAUCCUUAACGCUUGAGCCCCAAUCCACAAAGACGUAGGGAGGAAGAUGAGUGGGGCUAGGAGGCUGGAUGGGGAGAAGGAAGGUGGGGAGGAGUCUGGGGCACUGAGAGUGUAUGUAGGGGAGACCCCAGAUCCAGCCCAGUCACAGUGUCACAGGGAGAGGUGAGCAGAUUCAUGGCUGACAGAAGCCUCAUAGGGCUCCCUGGGGCUCUGUGGGGCAUGAUGUCUGUGGUUCCGAAGCACUGAAGUUCAAGAGUCAGGAUAGAGGCCUCAAGCAGUGUGUCCAACACAGAUUCCUCCUAACUCACUUUCUGUUCCUAUCUGGCCAGAAGCACCACACUCAGAAACCUGAGACUGUGUGUGUGUGUGUAUGUGUGUGCGUGUGUACAUGGUUCAAAUGCCAAGGUCACCGUGAUAGCUAUGCACCAAGACACUGAGGCUAGGGUUAUGUGACUGCUGGUGGUGUCCCCUGCCACACACACUGCAGAGUGCCUAGCAGUCUCAGAAAGGAGCAUGACAUUUUCUCUAAGUUCUGAGAACAGAACAAAACAGAGAUGCGUUCUCUGGCAUCUCGCAGCCUAAAGGCCUGGGGUGAAGCUCCACUGUGGUUUAAAUAGCUUCUGUGACAAGGAGAGGAGCGCCCUGGGCUUGCUGUGCCUCCUUUGUCCUCCAGCACUGCUCCUCUGCUGGAUGUCCCACCUCACCCACCUAGAGAGUGACGGUGGGCCUGUGGGCCACAUGCAGCCCAGGGUACUGACCACUGUCUCUUGUUCUGUCCUGCAAGGCUGGGUACAGGGUCCAUCUCUCCUGCAACUUCAUGUCCAAUCAUGUUAAGCCCCUGCCCUGGUAAACAUACCAAGGACCAGAAGAGCUUCUUGCUGCUCCAGGGACCUGCCCACCUUUACAGAAAUGCUAGCCCUUUAGAUUUCCUAAUCGGUGGGCUGGAGCCAGCUCUGACUUCCCUCAAGGCCUGGGAUUUGAGCUCUCACAGCCAACGGGCUAGGUGGGCUCAACCCUGGGGAGGGACCAGGGAUAGGAAGAUAGAAGCUGGCAUCAGUAGAACAUUUCUGGAAUCUGCUAAAGGGAGAACUGGGGAGAGCACCUUCUUCAAUCACUCUCCCUCCCUCCCCUCCCCUCUCCCAGAAGCAAACUUAUUCUGAGUUUCUGAACCCUCCCGUCAGGGGUGCCCAGAGGCUGACGGCCCAGGGUGGAGGGCCCUAAGGAAGGGAGGCCUCAGGGCUGCACUUGGCUUUGAAUGGGCAGCUGCUGCACCAGCUACUUCUGAAAGGUCUCCCAUAACCUGGGGAGGUUCUCUUCCCCUCCUUGGAGGAGGAAGGGACCAGGUCUGAAGGUGGCUGAGAUGGCCAUAUGGCCAAGAAAAGCCUACCCAGCCCCAACCCAGGAUCUUACUGGGGCAGCAGCACUGGUUGAGCCCUCCAUGCUGCCUCAUUUUGAUCUUAAACAUUCCCACUGGGAUAAACUGGGAUGAGCUGAGGAUGGUUCCAUUCACUAUCAAGAGUUGUAUUUUUGUACUGUCCUCUCUUUUAUGCCAAGUAUACAUGUGUUGGAUCGUGCAAUGGAUUUAUGUAGCAAACUUGAGUCACAAAUAAAGCAAAGUAACCAGCCA